GCGGCAAACACACGCUGGAUCCCGAGUAGCGAUGGAGGGAAAACGAAGCUCAAAUGAGAGCUUUUUAACCUUCCAUCCAAGACGCUUUUACCGUGAAUCCAAGUACAUCGCCGUCUCUGAUCUUCGAAUAGCAGCUGAUAUCGCAUCGCUUUCCUCAUUCUAGGGUUUUUCAAGUCAAUAUCUCUUCGUUGGCGAGCGGAUUGUUGAAGACUACGAUGAUUAUGAUGAUGGUAACUGGUUUAUAAGGUGGACUAGUGUAGGGGAAUCGAUCGUUUGCUUUUGGAGUAUAGUAUGAGAUUGGAAGUGGCGAAUAGAGAGGGUGGGACUCAUGGGACAUAGCUCGAAGAAGAAGAAACGGGGUGGCGGUGGUCGGAAGGGCAAGGGGAGGGCUACUUCGAAGGAUCAUCCAUCCCAUGCAGAUGAUGAUCCCAAUUUGCUUUCUGAGGAGAUCACCGCCCUGAGUGCUAUAUUUCAAGAUGACUUCAAGCUUGUUUCAGAGUCACCUCACACUCAGUUCAUUAUAAACCUCAGGCCUUACUCCAAUGACAUGGGCUCUGAAGACGUCAAUGUUUCGGCUCUUCUUUUAGUGAGAUGCUUGCCGGGGUACCCCUACAGGUGUCCUAAGUUGCAGAUAGUACCAGAGAAGGGUUUGUCAAAGGAUAAUGCAGACAGACUCCUCUCUCUACUUACUGAUCAGGCAAAUUUUAAUGCUCAAGAAGGACGUGUAAUGAUUUUUAAUCUGGUGGAGGUUGCUCAAGAGUUCCUAUCUGAAAUCACUCCAGUGGUGCAACCUGUUGAAUGUGUUCCAAGUUUGGGUGUGGAUAAAAAGGACCAGUGGCUUCACGGCGAUGUUGCAAUUGUCUGUGACCAGACUUGCUCUUCGUCUGGACAAUUUGUUUAUGGUUUAAUCGAUCUUUUCAGCGAUUUGUGUGGUGAUGUUGGGUCAUGGGAUUGGAGCAUUGGAACAAACACUAUAAAUGCAAGUUUUAGUCAUAUUUCCCAAGAGCAAGCCAUUUCCACCUACAAAAGUGGAGACAAGAAAUCUUCAACACACACGAACAUGGGUGCUUCAAACACUGGAUAUGGGGCUCCACUAAAUCAUCACUCUCAGAAUUUAAAGCCUGUUCCCUUAUUUGACACAAAGGAAGGCUCAGUACCACCACCAAUUGCAAAGCUAGAUGUUGUUGAAGAAGAAACUGAAGAUGAUAGCAAGAGCAUUUCUCCUACAACUUCCCACGUAUCAUCGAGGGAGGAAACUCUGGAAACUGAUUCCAAUGGUGACAUGCCUGAGGAUUCACCACAAAAGAAUGUUGCCCUCAGGGAGAAAAUGACAGAGGCUGACGAUAGUGAUUUAGAAGGCCGAUCUUUGGAUUCCUUUUCUUUUUUUUCAACAAGUGAUCAUCAAACAUCUGAAGGCAUGGAGCAGGAUCUAGUUAUGGUUCAUUUGCUUCGCCUUGCUUGCUCUUCCAAAGGGCCAUUGGCACAUGCUUUGCCUGACAUAACAUCGGAACUUUACAAACUAGGGAUACUUUCAAAACGGGUGAGAGAUUUGGCUAUGGAACCACCAUUGCUCUUUAACAAAGCUUUUGAGGAUGCUUUUGGGCAUUAUACGGUUUCUUCCCCGAUAUCUCAAUUCUGGAAAGCUAGUGCUGAUUUUGUUGGGGAGAAUACUCUGUCUCUUCCGAGUUCCCGUUAUUUGAAUGACUUUGAGGAAAUCUCUUCACUUGGUCAUGGUGGCUUUGGUCAUGUUAUGUUGUGCAAAAAUAAACUAGAUGGGCGGCAAUAUGCAGUGAAGAAGAUUCAGCUUAAGGAUAGAAGUCUUCCAGUUAAUGACAAAAUUUUGAGGGAGGUAGCCACACUUUCCCGCUUACAACAUCAGCAUGUUGUUCGCUACUAUCAGGCAUGGUUCGAAACUGAAGUUGGUGGUUAUGGAGAUACCACCUGGGAUUCAUUGACAGCAGGGAGCUCUAGUUGCGGCUACAAAGGAGAUACCUCAACAAAUCCUAUUGGGCCUGACAACAAACUAGAAUCAACCUUCUUGUAUAUACAGAUGGAGUAUUGCCCUCGGACACUACGCCAAGUCUUUGAAUCAUACACUGGUUUUGACAAGGAAUUCACAUGGCAUCUAUUUCGCCAAAUUGUAGAAGGACUAGCACACAUACACGGACAAGGAAUCAUCCACCGUGAUUUGACACCAAAUAACAUCUUUUUUGAUGCUCGUAAUGAUAUUAAAAUCGGGGACUUUGGUCUCGCCAAAUUCUUGAAGCUAGAGCAGGUCGAUCAUGACCCAUCUUUUCAGAAUGAGACAGCUGGGGCUUCAAUGGAUGGAACUGGUCAAGUGGGUACCUAUUUCUACACUGCACCUGAAAUUGAGCAGGGAUGGCCACAAGUGAAUGAAAAGGUUGACAUGUAUAGCCUCGGGGUUGUUUUCUUUGAGCUAUGGUACCCUUUUUCAACAGCCAUGGAAAGGAACAUUGUUCUUUCGGAUCUUACGCAGAAAGGAGUUCUUCCUGCUACUUGGGUUGCAAAGUUUCCAGGACAAUCAUCUUUACUUCAGCGCUUAAUGUCUCCAAGUCCAUCUGAUCGUCCAUCUGCCAAAGAACUUCUACAGCAUGAAUUGCCUCCACGAAUGGAAGAUGAGUGGUUAAAUGAUAUUCUACGGACAAUACAGACUUCUGAAGAUACAUACGUUUAUGAACGAGUUGUAUCUGCUGUUUUUGACGAGGAGAGAGUAAUCAUGAAAGCCAACCGUCAACAUGGUGGAAGGGAGAAGAUGACAAGAGAUGAAUCUUCCUUUAUCCAAUAUACGGAGUUAGAUACUGAACUCCGUGAUCAUGCUUGUGAGGUUGCACAGGAAGUGUUCAGGCAGCAUGGUGCAAAAAGGUUGGAGAUAACACCAAUGCGCAUAUUGGAUGAUUGUCAGCACUUCAAUAGGAAGGCUGUCAAACUUUUGACUCCCGGAGGGAACAUGCUGGAGUUGUGUCAUGAGCUACGCUUACCCUUUGUUAAUUGGGUUAUAACAAACCAGAAAUUGUCUUUUAAGCGAUAUGAGAUCUCAUGGGUUUAUAGGGGAGCAAUCGGCCACACAACUCCAAACCGCUUUCUUCAGGGAGAUUUUGACAUUAUUGGGGGCGUGCCUGCAUUGACGGAAGCAGAGACUAUUAAGGUGGCUACAGACAUUGUAACCCGAUAUUUUCAUUCAAAUGCAUACGAAAUUCGGUUAAAUCAUGCCCAAAUAUUGGAUGCAAUUUGGUCUUGGAUAGGAAUUGAGGGUGAUCUUAGACAGAACGUGGCAAAGCUUCUCUCUUCGAUGGGUUCUUUACGCCCUCAGUCCUCUAGCCGUAAAACAAGAUGGACUUUAGUUCGGCGGCAACUUUUGCAGGAUCUUAAUCUUUCAGAAGCUGUUGUCAACAGAUUAAAAAUAGUAGAUUUAAGGUUCUGUGGAUCUGCUGAUCAAGCCCUUGCUAGAUUGAGGGGAGCCCUUCCUUCUGAUAAAUCUACACGGAAGGCACUUGAGGACUUGUCUGCCCUUUUUAGUUACUUGAGAGUCUGGAGGAUUGAGAAGCAUGUUACUAUAGAUGCACUUAUGCCACCAACAGAGAGUUACUACAGGGAAUUAAUUUUUCAGAUCUACUUGAUUAAAGACAGUAAUGCCAGUUCAUUUUCUGAGGGAACUCUGUUUGCUGUUGGCGGUCGCUAUGAUUAUCUGGUUCAGCAUAUGUGGUAUCAAGAAUAUAAAUCAAGCCCACCAGGUGCAGUUGGAAUCAGCCUUGCUUUGGAGAAGAUUCUUCAUCAUUCUUCAGUAGAAUUCAGACCCUCCAGAAAUGAACCUAGCACUAAUGUUCUUAUAUGCGCAAGAGGUGGGGGUGGGUUGCUGAAAGAGCGCAUGGAACUAGUUGCUGAGCUAUGGCAGGCACACAUCCAGGCUGAGUUUGUGCCUGCAUCAGACCCAAGCCUCACAGAGCAGUAUGAAUAUGCAAAUGAACAUGAUGUAAAGUGCCUUGUCAUUGUAACUGAAAGUGGGCUUUCUCAAACAGACUCUGUUAAGGUCCGCCAUCUUGAACUUAAGAAGGAGAAGGAGGUUGAGAGGGGGAGCCUUGUAAAGUUUUUGUCUGAUGCAAUAUCAACACAGUUUAGGAAUCUCUCAAUCUGGAAUUGAGCAUGUUGGUAGUCACGCCUUAUCAGUUGGUGAUGCAACGACUGGCACCAUCCAUCUCUCGACAACACAUGGCAGAUGCAACAACUGUUACCAUCCAUCUCUCGACAACACAUAUGGCCUGGUGAUGCUUCAAUCUGUGUCGUCCAUCUCUCAACAGAUAACUUGGCAUACUGAUGCACUAAUCGGUGUUGUCCAUCUAAUGAUCUCUGGAAUGUGAUAAUGGAACAUGACUUGUGAUUUUGUGCACCGAGUCCAAGUCUGAGUUUGCCAAGCUCGAUUCCAAAUAUGAGAAGUUGCUACAAAUAUUCAUCCAUCAAAUUAUUGAAACUACAAGCAUUCAAAGUUACUAGUGUUACUGAAGCCAUCAUUUUCAAACAGUGAUUGGGGUUCCAUUGCUGGUGGAGGGAUUCGAUUGCUAGCCACCGGCAGAGCUAACGCAGCAAUCCGGACCACAUAUUCUGGUGAGAUAGUUAGUACACCACAGUGCUCUUUUCUCUUUUAUAUAUGGUUGAAAUGUAGUUAGGUAGUUUACUGCUUUUUUUCCCUCUCUUUUUGUUUAGUCAUUUUCAUUGAAAGAAUUAGCCCCAAUUGAAAGGGGGGGAAAACAGCAGUGCUGAUUUUCUUGUGAUUUUGUGAAAAUUAGUGUACAGUUGAUAAUGAUGGUUGAAUAUAUAUAUAUA